AUGGUAUCACUUGAUCGAGUGGCUGAUUUAGCAUCAAUAACUACUGAAAAGGAGUUAGAAAAUGAUGAAGAAUUAUUACAACCCUUAGAUCGAACAAUUCAUGACUAUGCCUAUUGGGAACAACAAAUUGAUGCUGUACUAGCAUUAUUAUGCAGUAAAAAUAUUAUGAACACUGCUAUUCUACGAAAAGGUAUAGAAUCAAUCGAUAAAGCAGUGUACAAUAAAUUAAGCUAUUAUGAACGAUGGGCUAUUUCUAUUACUACACAUUGUUUGGAAUCUGGUGUAUUAAGUCAAGACGAUUUGAAUAAGAAAUAUGGUCCACCUUUACAUUCAACAGAUGAACAAUUAUUUCAAGUUGGCGAUAAAGUACGAGUUCAUCAUGAAAAUUAUGCUACUCGGUGGGUUAAACCUCAUUUACGUACUCCUGGUUAUUUAUAUGGUAAAACUGGUAUUAUCGAACGAUUUUGUGGAUUUUAUGGUAAUCCUGAAUAUUUGGCUUAUGAGAGUACGGAUACUAUACAUCAACAGCCUCUUUAUCGAGUAAGAUUUAAUCAAAAAGAUAUUUGGAAUCAUUAUCAAGGUAAUGUUGAUGAUACCAUUGAUGUUGAAAUUUAUCAACAUUGGCUAAUGCCUGCAUCUCAACCUUCUUCAUCAACAGAAGAAGAUGAAGAUGAAGAUCAUCAUCAUCACCAUUCAGAUCAGGAGCACAAACAUCAUGAUCACAAACAUGAGCACACACAUCAUGAUCACAAACAUGAGCACACACAUCAUGAUCACAAACAUGAGCACACACAUCAUGAUCACAAACAUGAGCACACACAUCAUGAUCACGAUCAUGAUCAUGUUCAUGAGGCUAGAGCUGUGAUCGAACAAACAGCAGUAAAUCGUGAAGGAACACCAUUACCUGUUCAACAUUUAGCAGAAUCGUUAGUAAGUGCGUUAAUUGAUAAAAACAUUAUCAAUUCCGAAGAAUUACGUAAAAAAAUUGAAACUCGCCAAAUGGCUGGAAUAGAGCAAAGAGGAGCAAAUAUUGUUGUGGAAGCUUGGUUAAAUCCUGAAUUUAAAGAACGGCUACUAAAUGCCGGUACAAGUACCAUUAUUGAAUUUUUAAAACUUGACAAAGUGGACAAUGACCUAGUGGUUGUAGAAAAUACUGACAAAAUUCAUAAUUUAAUUGUAUGUACUCUUUGCUCUUGUUAUCCUCGACAAUUGCUUGGCAUUCCACCAGGAUGGUAUAAAUCAAGAUCAUUUCGUAUACGUGCACCUAGAAAUCCACGUUCGGUUUUAAAAGAAUUUGGAACGAUACUUCCUAAAGAUAUGAAAAUUCAAGUUCAUGAUAGCACUGCUGAUUUACGCUAUUUAGUAAUUCCUCGUCGUCCCGCCAUUACUCAAAAUUGGUCUCGGGAACAAUUACUUCAAAUUGUCACUCGUGAUAGUAUGAUUGGUGUUUGUGAUAUUACAGUUUAG